CACUUUAAACGGCUAAGACACUGCUUUAAGAAAACAAACACAUACGCGUUACUCUCAAAAUCUCUAUAUAUUCAGUUCAAAGAUUUUUAGAAACUUAACACAAAAUUCAAUUAUCAUACUCGUCACUGUUCUUAUCACAACACCUCAUAACCAAUUUCCAACAACUUAACUCUGUUUCUCCUCUUUCUUAGAUUCCUCUGAAGUCAAAUUCUGGUUUUAUUGAUCAUUUCAUUCAUUGAAUCAAGAUGGCCAUAAAGACAAUUGAAUUGUUGAAAGGUUGUGGAUCCCAAGAAGAAUUAAUGGAAGUGAUUACUGCUGUGGCUUCAGAUUUAGGAGAUGUAAUUGAUGAUGUGAACACUUUGCAAGUGAUUCCAUUGAAAGGUGCAAUGACUAAUGAAGUUUUUCAGAUAAAUUGGCCAACAAAAAAUGAUGGUGAUCUCAGAAAGGUUCUUGUUCGAUUAUAUGGUGAAGGUGUUGAAGUUUUCUUUGAUAGGGAUGAAGAAAUUCGAACUUUUGAGUGUAUCUCAAAGCAUGGUCAAGGUCCACGUCUUCUUGCUCGUUUCACUACUGGUCGUGUUGAGGAGUUUAUUCAUGCCAGAACUCUAUCAGCUUCCGACCUCCGUGACCCCGAAAUAUCAUCUUUGAUAGCAUCUAAGAUGAGAGAAUUCCAUAAGCUUCAUAUGCCUGGUACAAAGAAGGCUCAUAUUUGGCAGAGAAUGAGGAAAUGGGUUGGUGAAGCCAAAAGUUUAUGCUCCCCAAAGGAGACAAAAAAUUUUGGAUUGGACAAUCUUGAUGAAGAAAUAAGUAUCCUCGAGAAGGAGUUAUCCGAAGGAUAUCAAGAGAUUGGUUUUUGUCACAAUGAUUUACAAUAUGGUAACAUUAUGAUGGAUGAAGAGACUAGAUCAAUCACUCUAAUUGACUACGAAUAUGCGAGUUACAAUCCUAUUGCAUAUGACCUGGCAAAUCAUUUCUGUGAAAUGGCCGCGGAUUACCAUAGCGAUACACCGCAUGUUCUUGACUAUAGUAAAUAUCCUGAACUCGAGGAGCGUCAAAGGUUUAUUCGCGCCUAUCUGGGUUCUGAAGGCAAGAAACCAAGUAAUGCUAAGGUGAAUCAGUUAGUGAUUGCGGUUGAAAAAUACACUCUUGCAAACCAUCUCUUUUGGGGCUUAUGGGGACUUAUUUCGAGUUACGUGAAUACAAUCGACUUUGAUUACAAAGAAUAUGCAAGGCAGAGGUUUCAGCAGUACCGGCUAACGAAGCCUACUUUAUUGGACUCACCAAGCAUCGUUUCCCAAAACGAAACUGUGAAUGGUUCACUACCACUAGCAUCAUGUGUGUGAUUGUCGUAAUUUUCUAUCAGGAACGCUAUGUCAGUUAUGCUAGCUCCUCAUUUUUUAGUGAAGUUAGUUAUGUGUUUAUUAUAAUAAAAUCUGAAGGCAAACUGUAUCUGUAAAGUGUAAAUAAUAUAUUGUCACUAACUAUGUGCAUUGAGUUUCUGACAAUUUUAGCUUAAAGUUUCUUAUCAACCCCUCACUUUUGGGAUUGAAGAAAAUUAGAAUUGGUGUGUUUUUUGUUUUUCGUGUAAUAAAGUCUCGUGUUCAUGUCUUAUGAAUGAUAAAUUAGGCGUUGAGUUAACCCUUUUUAUGCACGGAUUCACUUCAGAUUAGUCA